AUGAAACGCGCUCAUCCUGACUCGCAACCGACCGCCCGAAAGCGCGUCCGCACCGACGCUCCUGUUCCCGAGUCAAAUGAUGCGGUUCUGCGUCGCCCAAACAUCACCAAACUUGCCCCUCCUCGCCCGUUUCCAACUGUACCAACUUCUGUCUCUGCAACGGGUCCGAGAUCAGCUCACAAAGAAGGAAAAAAUAUGAUCUGCAUAACGCGCAAAACACCACUAGCCGCUUAUCUACGACGAUGCAAGAAAGUCAUUCUUGAGGAUGGUUACAAAACCCUUCAUCUCAGUGCGAUGGGUGCAGCGAUACCACAUCUUCUCCAACUCUCAGUUGCAUUACCACCCAUUCUCCCGUUCUCACCUUCUGAGUUGCAUACCGAAGUUUCGACUAAUACCGUCCACGUCCAAGAUGAGAUAAAUCCGGACAACGAAGAGGAUGAUGUCCAGUACAACACCCGUGGAAAGUCAACUUUGCUGGUGGUCAUUCGGAUUGGCGAUGGCCAUGGCCCAGAGGUUAAAACAAAGUCUAAAGUAGCCAAACCUCGGCCAGCAACAAAAAGUGGUGGUGAAGGGUCCGGACCUGUUGUUUUUUUUGAGCCAGACCAAGAAGACAUGGACAUUUGA